GUUAUUGUUUAUAAUAAGUUAUAGAUUCAGUGAAAAUAAAUUCUAAUUCUAUUUUAUAAUACCUGAAUAUCGAUCGAUUUUUUUUUAUAAAAUAAAUUAUUUCAAUUAGAAAAAUAUAAUGGGGCCUCAUGGGUAAAAUAUGACACUUUCCUUGGAACUUGGAAUCGAACGAAGACAAGUCAAAUCAAAACUCAGAGUUGGCUUAUCCUUAUGUUUUUCACGAAUGGCGAUUCGAUUACUAGUUUGGUGUAUGUAAAUUAAUCAAUAAAUACGUGUAAAAACUAUAAUUCUAUGGGGAUUUAUUAAACUGUGAAGUAAGUUUCUUAUUGUUAUAGGUAGAAUAUCAUUUCUACAAAAUGACAGCCCACGAUCAAAUGAGGGCUAUGCUUGAUCAAUUGAUGGGAACCGGACGAAAUGGAGAAAAUAACCGGUUCCAAGUAAAGUUUUCCGAUCCAAAAGUUUGCAAGAGCUUUUUACUCGCUUGUUGUCCUCAUGAAAUCUUGUCCUCCACUCGUAUGGACCUGGGAGAAUGUCCCAAAAUCCACGAUUUGGCGCUGCGUGCUGAUUUCGAACAUGCCAGUAGAGAGCGCGACUACUACUAUGAUAUCGAUGCGAUGGAGCACCUGCAGACGUUCAUCAGCGACUGCGACCAUCGCACGGAGCUGGCCAAGCAGCGUCUGCUGGAGACGCAGGAGGAGCUGUCAGCCGAGGUGGCGCAGAAGGCCAACGCAGUGCAUCAGUUGGCCGAACAGAUCGGCAAGAAGUUGGCGCGUGCCGAACAGCUCGGCCAGGAGGGUCAGGUCGAGGAAAGUCUCAAGUUUAUGGCUGAGAUCGACGAGCUGCGCAAGAAGAAGGCAGAUGCAGAGGACGUGUACCGCAACUCGAUGCCGGCGUCGAGCUACCAGCAGCAGAAGCUGCGCGUGUGCGAGGUGUGCUCGGCCUACCUGGGCAUCCACGACAACGACCGCCGGCUGGCCGACCACUUUGGCGGCAAGCUGCAUCUCGGCUUCAUCAAGAUACGCGACAAACUCGCCGACCUGCAGAACACUGUCGAGCAGCGCAAACAACAGCGCAGGGCUGAGUUCAAGGACAGGGACCGUGAACGCGACAGGGAGCGCGAGCGUGAGAGAGGUGAUCGCGAGCGCGAGAGAGACCGCGACAGGGAUCGUGACCGUGACCGCGACAGAGAUCGCUACCGGCAGAGGGAUGGCGGCAGGCGGUCACGUGACUACCGACGCAGGAGCUCCUCUUCAAGGUCACGCAGCAAGUCCAGGAGUUCAAGAUCGCACCGAUCCCGUAGCGGAUCCCGCAGCCGACAUUCGAGAGCUCGAUCCGAGCGCCGAUCACGGUCACGUGAUUACAGACGUGAUCGUGGUGGAGGGGGCAGGGAUCGUGAUCAGCCGAGGGGAGGUCAUCACGAAGGGUCCACCCCCAGGGACAGAGACGGGCCGGGGGCGGGUGACUGAACUCUACCCACAUUUUGAUCAUCCUACAUUAUCAUCACUGUAAUCAAAUUGAAUGAAUGAAUUGACCUUAGGUCAGUUUUAUGUAAUACCGUCUAAGUGGACUGGUUUAAUUUUCUUUGAGACUAGAAAACACAUAGCAAGGCAAAAUUUCAGUCUUAUAUCCUUUUUGUUUAUUUUGUAUGAAAUUGAGUUUUACGAAUUGAUUUUAUGUAAUAGGUAUCAUCCAAGAAUCUGGUUUCAUGUUUUCAAAGACAGAAUUUUCAUUAGUAUCCAUUAACAUUGAGUGAGUGAAGACCAUAAAUAUACACAUCAUAACACGGCCGAAUUUCAGACAAAUAUCUCUUAUCACUAGGUACAUAUUUAAAAUUGAGUAUGAGAGUUGAAUGAAUGAAUACCAUUCAGUGAGGACAGAAGACCGGAUUUUUGACGAAUUCUAGAAGAAUUUGUAGUAGGCUAGUAGAAAUUAAGAUCUAAUUUCUGACUUCAUCAUAUUGGGUUCGUACGACUAAUACGAAGAGACCAAAGUUAGCCUAAUCUUUAGAAUAAAACAUUUAUGGAAGAAGAAAUUUUCUGAUUUCAAACGAAAUUAAUGAAAAUCAAAUACGGUAGCCUAUGAUGAAAUUAAUUUUAAUGUUUUUGUGUCUCACGGCAUGGUAUUAUCACUUGUGCCAUGUCUUCCUUAGAAUUCUGUUAACUUUGUCAAAUAGGUUUUUUACACUUUUUAAUAUUCACAUGCUUUUAGUAACAGAAAUCAUUUAGUAAUUGAUAUGUAUUGUGUUGUUGAUAUUAAAACUUAGCUAUUUAGAUUAUGCUCAUCCCUUAUAUGAGUGUUUUAUUUUUCAAAUAUUUGUUUUUAAGAUGAGUUUAAAAGAGCCAAUAUUCAUAAAAAUAUAGCCUACGCUGUAAUAUAACUAAAAUAUAUCGAUGAAUAAUUUGUAUUUCAGUUUUUAUAGUAUUUGCAUCUAAGUUGUUUGCUAGUUCAGAUUCUUUUAAAUCUAUUGAUAUUUACUCUCCUACAGAUUAUAAUUGUUUCAUUUCAGAUUGUAAAAAUAAAUCAUUUCCUAAACCAUAGUUAGUUAUUUCAUCUUCAAAAAUCAUUUAAUUGAAAAACUUUGGGGAAAAAUACGUGGACAAUUUUAAUAUGAUUUCAAUGUCAAUCGUCUAUUUUACACUUGAACAUGAUCAUUUAAUGCAUAACCAUUCUAUCGUGUUUUAAGGAAUUUAAAUUACGAAAAAUCUGUAUAAUCAUGAUAUUAUUCCUUUAUAAUUAUAGACUAUUAUCCCUGUAUAAUGGAUAAAUGAGUUUAAACAUUUUCAAAGCAGCAAGGUACUUGAAUUAAAAUUAAAUAAUUGCAAUUACUAUUUAUUAUCAAUAAUUAUUAUUAAUUUAAUAUUGUUUAAUAAUUAUUAUCAUAAUAAUUGGUACUUUGAAAUAAUUUAAUUAAAAUUAUUGAUUUUCUUGAAAAUUGAAAAUGAAGCAAUUCGUGUCCUCAAGAAAACAAUUAUGAGAAAUUUUAAAAUGGAAAUACAGGAUUGUAUGGUUAGCUAAAGGCAUUUGAUAUUUGAUGCAUAAAAUAUCCUUACUAUUAGUCUGUCUAUGGCGUUAUGAAUGACAGUAAUUAAUAAUAUUGUUCCACACUCGUUCAAACCAGUGAAUUGAAUUUGAAGGCAUAACAAAUGAUUUAUUAGAUUACUGUUUGAUCUUAAUCUAACAUGGGUGAAGUGAUUAAUUAAAAUUAUAUUUGAUUUGAAGGUGCUGUCAAAAGAAGACUAAUCAUUAAAACAGUAGAAUUCUUAGAAACCUUAAUAAAAUUAUUUUAAUUUUUAAGAAUUUACCAACUCACGCUUCCAGUUGAUGAGAGUGACUGCAUCAUCUACUAUGAAUUAUUUCUUUUUACUUUUAACUUUUGUAGCUUCAACAAAUUAUUUCGUUCUCUGAUACGUUUUAGGUGUAAUAAAUUAUGUAUCAUUAGAAAUGAUAGACGAAUCCCUCCGUGAAUUACACUUGCAGCCUAUUGAGACAUGUAAAUAUCGUACACUACAAACACUAGUUACGGUAACUAACAAAUUCUAUUUAUUUCUUUUUGUAAAUUAUAGAAUAUAAUUUGAUUAUUGUAUUGUAGGUGCGGUGGCUGGACAUUGUAUUUUUAAGUUUCAGACCAGUUUCUAGUAAAUUACGUUUUAUAAAUGCUUUGAAAUCUAAAAUUAUAUUUCAAAAAAUGGCACUGGUCCAUCUUGUGUGUUAAUGUAUUAUGUUUAAUUAAACACUCAUACGAAAUA